AUAUAGUGGGUUCCCGGUCAAAAUUAACCCUUUGGACCAACUUUAUCGUAUUCCAUCUGUCUCGUGGUGCCAGAGCGCACAAGACGGCCAUUUCUCAACCCGUCUCCAAAACUGUCUUUACAUGCCAAUAUCUCUGCAUAAAGUGCCGAUUUGCGCAUAAUUGUAACAUACAUCUAGUCUCUUGAGGGCCUAGAUAUACCAGAUGCCCCGCCAUCCCUCGCUCUUUGGCAAAUACAUUCGUCUAAAUGGAUUUGUCCAAAGGAAGGGGUUCAAGAAGACCCAAGUCAUCCAUCCCAUCCCAGUGAAGGCAUACGGGCGCGUUCCGUCUGCGUCUUCACAGACCGGUCUAUACCACGAUGAGGACUACAACUACUACACCAAGGUCGCAUACUCACUCCAAAAGACCAGAAUAAAGCUCAAGCCAAAUGUCUUUAAAAAGGAUUUUGAAUCGCACAUGUUGAAUACAACAGUUCCAAAUGUCAGAGUCACGACGAGCGCGCUCCAUGCAAUAACGGAAGAAGGAGGCUUUGACAACUAUAUUCUCAAUACCACACCCGAGCAACUUCGAUCACAGCUCGGAGAAAGACUCAGAUCUGUCUUUUACUUUUACAAACAAAACCCAGAGUUUAGAAAGCUACAAAUGCCCUGGAAAAUCUACUACUCGGAAAUGAGCAAAAAGGAUCCAAUGUUUGCAGUCUAUAAACACUUGCUUGGAAAGGAAAAGUCCGAGAAGAAACAAGCUAGAGAGUACAGGAGGUUCUCUCCAUUCUAUCUUCCUCCAGCAAAUGAUUUGAUCCCCGAAUGUCAAAACUUUGCAAAUAGCCAAGUCAAGGACAAUCUCAAACUAAACUUGUGGUGGAAGGGAGAUAAAGAAAAGGAAUUCAGAGCAAGACUUGGAGAAGCAAGAACGUUUGAUGCCGCACAUGUAGACAUUAAUCUACUAAAUGCAUACCGAAAAGGUGAGGGACGUGGUGGUGGAGGUCCUCACGGAAAAUCACUAAGAAAAAGAUCAAAGACAUUCAACUUUAACCAAGGUAGACCCUACUAA